UCGGGCCCCCGGACAAUAGGGGAUCAUGGGGCCCCUGUGUUCUUGCCCAAACUCAAAAAAGCCUAUGACAAAGGUACCAGGGGACAUCUCAUGGGGCCCCCUACUGACCCCGGGCCCCCCGGGCAGUGCCUGAGUUUCCAAAUGGUCAGUCCGCCCCUUCCGCCCCUGAAAGUAGUCCAUGUGCAAAUUUUGCUGCGAAUUGCAUAGACCUCUGUAUCAGAUGUCUAGCGAAUCGCAACUGAAAUCGGCAUGUCACCCGAUUUUGAAAUCGUGCGACUUCACUGUAAGUCGCACGAUUUCAAAAUCGGCCUUUG